AUGGAUGAACAAGCAAUGAUUUGUGAAAAUGCUGUUGGCGUUGAUAGUAAUUUUGUUGGAUUCAGUUGCAAAGAUCACAAAAAGUCACCAAACUUUCUAUUGAAUUUGAUGAAGUAUUCUUUGCUUGUUGGAGCUGAAAAGGUUUUAAUGGUUCGAAAAUCACAAGAACCAUUUUCAUGCUCCAGCUUAAGUUCAUGGACAGACGAAGAAAUUGCUCGUGAAAAAAGGAGAAACAAAGGCAAAUCACCUAUUCAGGAUAAUAAAUCAUGUGCAAUUGAGUCAUGUAAUGAGCAUUUUGAUAUGCCAAAAGUGGUUAACUCUUCUCCUUCAGGAAGUUAUAAUACUGAAUUAUCGUUCGAUUUCACUGCAUUUUUUGCAGUAAUGAUGCUCAAACUAGUUGGAUUUCAAAUGAAUCUAUUGGUAAGACUCUUCACAUUUCCCAUUACUUUGAUGAACUAUUGGAUAAUGAUCUUGACCUUACCAUUUCACACACUAACCUUAGCCAAAGAGCAAUUAAAGAAACAGCUAAUGAAUCUCGGCACGAAGUCUUGGUUAAGUUUGAUGUCAUUUGUAUUCAGCCAGAUUAAGGCACAAAAAUCUGUGAUGAAAUUGACAGUAAGGUUCUGUUGGGCUUUGUUCUGGGCAGUCUAUGUUUGUUUAUUGUUGGUUGGUUUGUUGGUAAUGGGAUUUGUGAUAAGUGGAGUUACAAUGAGACGUUUGGUGGAAGAACCAAUUGAGACAACAAAGACAUUGAAUUUUGAUUACACAAAAACUAGCCCUGUUGCUUUUGUACCACUUGCAUCAUCUGCUGGUCUCUCUACUACACUGAUUUCCAAACCAAAAAUUGUAGACCGGCCCAUACCUUAUAAUCACAAGUUGCAGCUUAUUGUUUCAUUAACCAUGCCUGAAUCUGAGUACAACAGGAAGCUUGGGAUUUUCCAGGUAAGGGUGGACUGCUUGUCGGCAGAUGGGAAAGUGACAGCAACCUCAAGCUAUCCAAGCAUGUUAAAAUUCAAAAGCCAACCAAUCCGAAUUGUCGAAACCGCGAUAAAAAGCAUCCCUCUUGUCACUGGUUUUCAAUCAGAAGUCCAGAAUUUGAAUCUAGUCAUCAACGAUUUCACCGAAGGUUUCGAGCCUACAGCAUGUUUUAAAGUUGUUCUUGAAAAAAGAGCCGAGUAUCAACCAGAAGGCGCAGGUAUACCAGAAAUAUAUGCAGCAGCCUUACAUGUGGAAUCAGAGCUUCCUCAAAUAAAGAGAAUUAUAUGGCUUUGGAGAAGAACUGUUUUUGUUUGGAUUGGGAUUAUGUUAUUCUUAACUCAGCUAAGUUUCGCUUUCAUAUUUUGUCGGCCUGUGCUUUUACCAGGAAGAAGGCUAAUGACAGUUCUUGGAACUAAAAAGAAUGCCCAAAAGAACAAAAUUUACUGGUAA